AUGCUUUUCAGAUCGCGACGCAACAGCGGUGGUGGUGGUGCCAUCAGCCCACGCCAGUCCUCCACGCUUGUCGGCAACUUCGCUCCAGGUGGGCCCACUGCGUAUGAGCGGCCCAGCUCCGCCCCUGUAGCCGGCGUCGUGCCGUUACAGCCUAACAGCAGCACCGCACUUGCCUUCGCUAGCCCCAAGGCGGACGAGGUGCAGAACGUGGAAGAUCGGCUGAGCAUCGUCAAGCGCAGUCGCACCGCCUCCGCCGCGAAGCCCUUCGCGAAUCGGGACUCCGGCAGCGCAGCCGCGAUGCUUCAUUCACCUGACUUCAUACAGCGCUCGGUAGAUCCCUCGCCUUCGGGGUUAGGUGGAGCGGUCGCUGCGAAUACAGGUGUGGUGCCGCCGUGUAGCUCGUACCCCACCUUUAAUCUAACGAAGCUGCCGAAGCAUGAGCAGCACGUCAUGGACGCGCUAUUGAGCGAAUUUACGGAAGUGCUCUUCUUUCGAAGAAGUGAAGGCGAUUGA